AUGAAGAUCCUGCUCGCCGCCGUCCUGUGUCUGUGCCUGGCCUCGGCCUGGGCCGAUCACCAUGACGGCCAUUCAGACGUCCCAGACCGCUGUCUGGGUCUGGAGAUGGACGCGGUGACGGUUAGCGAGGAGGGCACGCCUUUCUUCUUCAAAGGUCGCUACCUGUUCAAGGGUUUCCACGGCAAGGCGGAGCUGGUCAAGGACUCUUUCCCCGAGCUGGAUGACGACAAUCAUCACCUGGAUCACAUCGAUGCCGCUUUCCGGAUGCACUACGAGAACUCCACGGACCACGACCAUAUCUACUUCUUCUUGGACGACAAAGUGUACGCCUACUACAAGCACAAGUUAGAGGACGGCUUCCCCAAGGCCAUUUCCGAAGUCUUCCCGGGCAUCCCGGACCACCUGGACGCCGCGGUGGUGUGUCCCGCUCCGGACUGCGAAGAGAACGAGGUCAUCUUCUUCAAGGAACACGAAAUCUACCACUACCACGUGGGCAACAAGAAGGUGGAACACAGGGAGUUCAAGACCAUGCCCAACUGCACCUCGGCCUUCCGCUACAUGGAGCACUACUACUGCUUCCACGGACACCAGUUCUCCAAGUUCGACGCCAAGGACGGCGAGGUCCACGGCCGCUACCCCAAGGAGGCCCGCGACUUCUUCAUGAGGUGCUCCAACUACAGCGAGGACACCGACAUCGUGGAGCGAGAGAGAUGCAGCCACGUUCACCUGGACGCCAUCACCUCCGACGACGCCGGCAACUUGUACGCCUUCAGAGGUCACCACUUCCUGUUCCGUGACGGCAACAACGACACGGUGAAGGCCGACGCCAUCGAGAACUCCUUCAAGGAACUUCACAGCGAGGUGGACGCCGUCUUCUCCUACGAGGACCACCUGUACAUGAUGAAGGACGACCAUCUGUAUCUGUACAAGGUCAGCGAGCCGCACACGCUCUUGGACGGUUAUCCCAAAAGCGUGAAGGAGGUCAUGGGUCUGGAGGGUCCCAUCGACGCCGCUUUUGUCUGCCAAGACGACCACAUCGCUCACAUCAUCAAAGGCGAUCACAUCUACGACGUGGAGCUGAAGGGAUCUUCUCACACGGCCACCAACGAGCGUCCCUUGUCUUUGAUCAAAAAAGUGGACGCCGCCAUGUGCGACCCUCACGGAGUGCGGGUGGUGGUGGGGAACCACUUCUACCACUUUGACAGCCUGCUGCUUUUCGUGGCCGGCAAGAACAUCCCCGAGCAGCACCGGGUCUCCAUGGACCUCUUUGGCUGCGACCACUGA